GUUCAACUAAAGCUGCGUGCUAUAAAACCCAUUUUUGACAAUUCGUUACUGAUGGAAUUGCCAAAGUAUGACAGCACCAGAAGGAAUUUCGCACGAUUGCAAAAAAUUGAUUAGGAACUGUAUAGAAUAAUUAACUCUGUUUAUAUAUUAAUUCCAAAAGAAUGAAAACAGAUGACAAUUAAAGUAAAGCGAUAAUUGUUGUAUUUGUUAGCAGUGAAAGCCUCGGAAGUAAUUGGUAUAAUCAAUUAAAGUUGCAGUAAUUACUGUCUGGUGUAAGAACAGGAAGGGUGCGCAGUGUAGUGUGUUUUAGGGUCAACAAUAAACCUUGACUUAGAAGACUCACAAAUAUGACCGGCAGAAUGCGGAAUACAACCAAAGUGGAGGCACUUAUCGAAAGUUGUCGAAGUGAGGGUAAAUGGCAACGAGUAAUUGAGCUGACCGAGGAAUUAAAAACAGGGUCACCAAAUAAUGAAUGCCUGGCGAAUUUUCUUAUUGGCGAGGCACGUUUGGAGAACUACCUCGAAGAUAAUGCACCCAUCGAAAGCAAUUUCAGCAAAGCCAAAACUGGUCUGCAUGAUGCAAGACGUAGUCUAAAUCUUGUCACGGGUGAAAAUGGACAAAAAGCAGGGAUUGCACUAGAUGCUUUUCUACUAUUAGCCAAAUUAAGUUUCGCUUGUGGAGAAUACGAAAAAAGUUUAGAGAAUUUUGUUAAGGCUGAGCUAAAUACACUGGCAGAAAAAGAACUGACAUUACGCAGCCUAAAAAUAUUAGCAGAAUCUUAUGCUAUUAAGGGUCUCUGCUUAGAAAAUCAAACAAAUCAGCCAUCAUCAAAGUUUAAAAAAGCUGAAAAAGAAACUGAAAUGAUAUCAUGUUUUGAACGUGCCACCGACUUAGGACUAUUAUAUUUACAAGAACAGGAUAUUGCUACAUAUUCAACGCCAAAUAGUACUGCUGGCACAACGCUUGCAGUCAAUUCCACCGUACAACCAUCUGCCAGCAGUUUAGCGAUUAGUUCUACAAUACCCGCCAAUCCAUUAGAAAUAAAUCGACGUAUGGGUACCAUACUGGAAACAGCACUACAACGUGCUCCUAUCGUACUCAUUAAAGCGGGUAAACUGCAAGAUGCCAUUGAAAGAUAUCGUACUAUGUUGAAUGCCAUAGAAACUAAAACCACGCAAUCACUUAGACUGACUCUGGCACGUCAAUUAGCUGAGGUGCUGCUACGUGGUGUCUCAGGCACUAUUUAUACACCACCAUUUAUUAAAAAACCAGCGGGACAAGCUAUGCGUACAACAACAACAAAACGUUUAUGGAAACCAAGAAAAUAUGCAGCACGUAAUCAAUUCACACCACGUAAUCAACAUGAGGAAACAAUAUUAUUAUUAUUAAUUGCUGAAGCUUUAGCUGUACGCGAUACCGUGCUCUCACAAAGUCCAGAAUUUCGUGUAGCACGUCAGCAUGCCAUGGGCAAUGCUACAGCUGUUUAUGAUUUGUUAACAUUAGCCACAGUACGUUGGGGACUAGUCAAUCUUUUGACAGAAUCAUUUGAGAAAGCAUUAAAGUUUUCAUUUGGUGAACAGCAUGUGUGGCGUCAAUAUGGUAUUUGCCUAAUGGCAGCUGGUAAACAUAUGCAAGCGCUAAGAGUACUACAAGAGUCAAUGAAAAUUACACCAGGUGAUCCUUUACCCUGCUUGAUGGCAGCACGUAUCUGCUAUGAGUCAUUAGGUUUAACUAAGGAAGGUUUAGAUUUUGCGCAACAAGCGCUCAAAAGAGAAUUAAAAGGUUUACGUCCUUCCCGCAGUCAACUUUAUGUUGGUAUUGGUUACCAACAGCUGGCUAUACAAUCAUUACUUAAAGCCGAACGUGAU